AUUAUGAUUUUUUACCCUCCUACUAACGAGAUUACUCUUGGUUUUUACUAAAUUAUGUUAAAGGUACAUUUAAGCACUUUGAAUAAAUAAACCGCAAAAUAUAAAAGAAAACGUUCAUUCAAUGUAAACAAUUAAAAUUCUAUAAAGUGAAAAAUUGAGAGGAACAAAGAAAGAAAGAAAACGCGCUCUGUUCAAACAAAAGAUAUUUUGUUUAAAUUUUUCUUUGCUUACGUAGUGGAGAUUUCGCCGACUAACAAAGCUAUUGAAGUUCGCUGUUAUCUUAUUGAAAAAUUUAUAAUGUUUUUUAAGCCUGUCUGGUUUUUUUAUUUCCUUUGCGUUCUUUCUCAUAACAAUUUCAAAAUGUUUGUAAUUCCUGCUUUUAUAAAAAAUGUACUGGGAUCUAGCUGUUAGAUAAAGUCAACCAAUCAACUUCAUUUAAGCUUCUGAGACCCUUAGUCAUAAAAAGAUAACAUCUUGUUGAGUAACACUGUUUGUACCAUUUGCGUUUCUGUUGAUUAUAGCAAUCAAAGUACUUUUAUUUUUAUUUUUUAUUUGCUAAAUUAUUAAAAACUAAACAUGAAAUGAGGGCUAAAGAUGAAAGAUAAUAAUGAAAGCUAAAAUGGAAUUAACAGGAAAAGAAUCAACUGACGAUCUCAAACUUCUCUUUUCACGAAUAAUAUACACAUCUUUAGUUGGGAAUUCGUCGGUUUUAAAAAUAAACGACAUUCUGAAAUUGGAGAAUGUUGAUAAAAUUGUAAACAUAUUAAAAAAACGUUCGCAAUGGAACGGAAUACAAGCAUUUAUUCACAGUUACCCAUCGUUUUUUCAACUUGUGGAAGAAAAUAAUUCGGUUGUAAUAAAGCCCAUUGCUACGGUUGAGUUUUGUCGCGAUUUUGAUGGCAAAAAAGGCUGUAUAAAAACAUUUUGUCCUAAACUACAUGUUUGCCGUCAUUUUGUAAAAGGAAAAUGUACUUUCGGUCCUAGAUGUAAAAAACCACAUCAUUUUGAGGGAAGUAACACUCGCGAUGUAUUGCGAAACCAUUUUCUUGAAGGUUUAUCGGAUGAACAAUUACGAGAAUUUUUAUGCAGGAAUGUUCAACAUCUUUUAGAACAAGAUUCGAUAAAUCCUGAUGUGCCAAAGAGUUUAGAAAUUUGUAAAUACUACAAUGUAGCUACUGGAUGCACGCGAGACAUCUGCCCUUAUAUUCACGUUUGUAGAUUUUAUGCUGAGGAAGGAAACUGUAAGUUUGGAAACCAAUGCAUAAGAAAGCAUAGUAUUGAUAAUAUGCACACAAAAUUUCUUUUGCGUCGAUAUCAAAUGGAUAACUUAACAGAAAUGCAAGUAAUGACAUAUCUUAAAAUUAAGGCUGAGCGAAGAGAGGAUCAAUCGAAUACAGAUAAAUGCGAUAAAUUGUCUCCUCUCAGUCCAAAUCAUACUCCUUUAAAUAUGGGACAUUUUCCUGCGCUUUUUUCAUUACCUAAUGCCACAAUUUUACAAGCUUUGGCAAACAACAAAGUUCCCAGGAAGUUAUCUAACUCCAACCAUUCACCAAUACUUAGUUUGCCCAUUUUUGACGAUUCAAGUCGAGGUCGAAAAUAUUCUCUGCCAACGCCACCAAUCAUUGUAAAUAAGAAAGGAGUUAUGAGAAAUGGGCUUGUUGAUGAAAAACUUUUUAUUCAAACAAUGCCAUCCUUCCCAGAGUGUAGUAAGAUAGAGGGUAUGCCAACAGACAUACAAGCUCAUUAUUUUAGCUCAAUGUCACAAGGUCUAGAUCUUAAUAAUAAAAAUAUAAAAAAUAGCUUGUUAGAUGAUGAAUUGAACUUGAAAAGUCUAAACCAUUUUGAAAACUCUCCAACAAAGAGUACAGCUUUAAAACCAAAUCCCUCAUCAUCUUCUGAUUCAUUGCACGAAUCUUUUAUGCAAACCAUUCUUGCUAACUCUUUUGAACAAAACAUUAGACUAUAUGAUAAUACCGAACUUUCAUGUGACAGAUUGGGUUUGCAUAAUCUUUCACCACCAACAACAAACUUUAAUUAUGAAAAAAGAAAAUUUCAACAUGGAACAAGUGAAAAUAGCGAAGAAUUUGAACAGUUUCCUGCGGAAAACGAUAUUUUACCAAAUGGACAUUCAACAAGUUUUAGUCAGAUAAAUUAUAGUUUAAAAUCUAACAAUGCUUUAAACUCAGAAGACACUUCUUUAUUUUCCAGUUAUUAUACUAACUCUAAAGCUUCAACAAGCGAUUUUUACUCUUCAUUAGGGUCAGGUGCAAGUUUUUCUUUUCAACAAUCAAAAGAAGACUCUCCAACGAACAACGAACAAGCUUAUAGAGAUCGAAAGUUUGUUUCAGAUAUUUUAGAUAGUACAAAUCUAAUUACAAGUCAUAAUACACAACAUCAAUCAAUUGUUUCUGAGCAAACAAACGGUAACGUUGCAAAUUCAAAUGCCAAAGUAAACUGCAUUUGUCAACAAACUGUAAUUUGCACUUAUUAUAUAAAGGGUAGGUGUUUAGGUAAUCCGUGUCCAAAACUACAUUCAGAAGAAAUAUUUCAAUGGCAAGUUUACACGACUCCAUUGAAAAGUAUUAAUAAUCUUAAAAAUGAAAAAGAAAAAGGGAAAUGGAUAAAUAUAGGGACACAUGAAAAUUUAAAACUCGAAUCUGAUUACUGCUCCGCAGAAAUAGAGCAUUCAAAAAUAGACCUUUUUGGAACCACCGUCACUGUAAAAUUUGAAGAAAUGGUAGCUGUUGGGAUAAGCGAGAUUAACGCAAACUUUGGAUCUUAUGACUUAUCGUCAUGGUUAUUGCAAGCAAUAGAUGAUUAUUCUAUUCAAGACAAUGUGGUGUAUAAAAUGCGUCGCCUUUCCACGCCAUCUUCAAUGGUUGAAUAUUCAGAUUUAUCUUUUUCAACAGUUUGGCUCUGGUACUGGGAAGAUAAUUUUGGAAUGUGGAGAAGUUAUCCAUCAAGUAAUGCUGAUUUAAUCGAGACCAAUAAAACAUGUUUAAUUAAGGAAAUUGAAUCCAAAUUUAUGGAAGGACAUGUGCAGUAUACCUUUGUGGAAAAGAAAACUAAAUUUGAUUUCAAUGCUAUGUAUCAAAUUAACUACCAAUCAGGAAAACAUAUAAAAAUAAGGCGUCGACCAAAGUUUGCACCACAAGAUUACAAUCAUGAAACAAGAACUGAUUUCAUAAUUGGACCUGAAAAUGUUAUUAAAAAACCGCAACAACCUUGGAACGGUCAUGAUCUGGUACCUUUACAAGAAAUGUCUGAUAUUUACAAUACAGUAGCUAAUCGAUUUAAAAGUUAUUGCAAUGAAUAUGAAAUAUUGAGCAUUAUACAACUUCAGAACAAAGAACUUUGGGGUACUUUUGUUAGAUUUCGUAAUAUGCUCAUGAAUAGAGGUCUGAGAACUACUGAAAAGUAUGUGUUUAAACCUUGUUUAAAGAAAGAUUUGGCAGCAGUUUUUCAGCAAGGAUUCCCUGUUUGCACUUGCAUAACUGAUUAUGGAAAAAUGCCACUUUGCAAUACCUUCACGAGUGAUCCACAUAAAAUUAAACUUGAUCAUAAAAUAACCAAUGAUGAUCCUUUCCAAUAUACCUUUUGUGCACGAAUGACAAUUUCACUUUCCGAUAUAAAAGAAAAUGGUUUUAAUGAUUUUCAACGAGAAGCUCAAGAUUCGAGUACCUCCCCAGAUUUAUUUUUUUACGCUCACAAUACUAAUCAAGUCUAUCCAGAGUUUUUAAUUGUUUUCAAAUCAUAGUGAUUGGGUUAACAAUCAUACUAGAUUAUAUUUAAUAUUAUUUUCAAAGCAUCCUAAAAAUUAAUCUAUAGAUAGUAUUCUGUAAUCUCAAAUCUUUUUAUCAUUGUUUAUAGGUUGUACAGAUUAAAAAGCGAAACUCAUCAAAUUUUUACUCAUUUCGAGUACAAGUUUUUUUUUGUUUUUUUUUGUUUUUUGUUAUUGAUUUAUCUUUACAUUUCACUCAAAAGUUGUAUUGACGUCACGUUUCUCUCUUUCUCUCUCUUGUUCUGACAUUUUUUAAUAGGUUCUCACUUCUCUUCUAGUUUUAGACUAUGACAAAAAUAUUUUGAAUAUUAAAAACGAUAUGAAUCUAAUCUAAAAUUUGGCUUAACUUUAAAAAUAAAUCGUUGAUUUAU